AUCGGUAUUACCAUUACACAAGUAGAACAACAUCAACAACAAUAAAGAUAGAAAAUUUAAGUUUCCCGUAGAAAGAAUUGAGGACUUACUAUUCAAGCUUUGCAAGUAGUUGUAGUAGUAGUCUUGGAGGAGGAGGAAGCCUUUAAAAUGGAGUCUUGAUUUCGUUUCAAGGAGCUGAAAAAGACCUAAAAGAAGGCACAAAAACGCAGAGUUUUGGUGACGCAAUACCCUUUCAAAAGACCAAAAAGUCCUUACCUUUGUGGGUUUGAUCAUCCAGCUCCAACUCAGCUGGGUACUAGUUUAGUCUGUUAUCACCAAAAACCUAAACUUUCAUUUCCUCCCGGCUCAGAAAACUCAGAAGCCAAAAGAAUCGAUGGCGAGCGCGGUGGACGCAGCAGGAGAUCCGAUCCCGACGUCGGCGGUGCUGACGUCGGCGGCGAAGCACAUUCAAUUCAGGUGCCAAGAGGAGAACGUGGCCUUUCUCAAGUGCAAGAAGAAGGACGCUAAUCCCGAGAAGUGUCUCGACCAAGGUCGCCAAGUCACUCGCUGCGUCCUUUCCUUGCUGAAAGAUCUUCAUCAGAGGUGCACCAAAGAGAUGGACGAGUAUGUCGGAUGCAUGUAUUACAAUACAAAUGAAUUUGAUUUAUGUCGCAAAGAGCAGGAGAAAUUUGAGAAAAAAUGCCCAUUGGAAUGAGAUGUUUGGUUAAUUUCUACCAUGAUUGCAAUAAUAUGUGCAGUGUGCAAUGAGCAGAUACUGUUGCGUACAAUUUCAGUGCAUCUUGCUUUUGGAUCCGAGAUGUUUUCAUUUGUAUGUCCAAAUUUUGCUUGGGAAUGCUUCUCCAGCAGGAACUGUUUCACCUUUUUAAGCAUAAAGGAUUACUUCUAUUGUAGUUGGAAUGGUUGGUGAUCCAACUUUGCAUCCAAUAGUAUAGUGAACAAUUGAUUUGCUUAC